UCGACUUAUUACGGGUGAAAUUUAUAGGAAAGGAAUGAUCUUUGGUACAAUGUAAAAAGAAAUUUUGCUAAACAUACACUAGAAGAAACAAGUUGCCCUUGCUUCAAGGGUUACUCAAAGUCUUAUUGAAACUAAUAGAGUAAAGACUGUAAACUCUAUAAAAACUAGUUAUCACCUUUGCGUAUGAAGCUAGGUAUUUACACUACCAAUCGCUAAAUUUCUGUGUAUAAAGAAGUAUUUGUCCUUUAUGAAAGUAUCAGGCUAUAUGAGGCUUUAAGGUGGUAUUACUAUUGGUCUAGUUUAGGAAGGCAAAAACACUAUUGUCUUUAAGAUCUUUUAAGAACUCCAUGACUUCUUACUUGUUAAUCCUGCUGAUCUUUAUUGUUGCUGAUGCAUCUGUUGAAGGCAGCCAUGACAAUCUCUCCUCAAACUACUACAAAUCCACUUGCCCCAAAGUACUGUCUAUUGUCAAAGCAGGAGUAGCAGCUGCUAUAAAAAAGGAACCACGCAUGGGGGCAUCAUUGCUCCGGUUACAUUUCCAUGACUGCUUUGUUAAUGGCUGCGAUGGAUCGAUAUUGUUGGAUGAUAAUGCCACCUUUAUAGGUGAGAAGACUGCAGUACCUAACAAUAACUCUGUUAGGGGAUUCCAUGUGGUUGAUGACAUUAAAGCUAAACUAGAGAAAGCAUGCCCUGGAGUGGUAUCCUGUGCUGAUAUUCUGGCCAUUGCAGCUCGUGACUCGACUGUCAUAUUAGGGGGUCCAUCAUGGAAAGUAAAGCUAGGGAGAAGGGAUUCUAUCACUGCAAGCAGAGCUGCUGCAAACAACUCCAUUCCUGCACCCACUUUCAAUAUAAGUGCUCUCCUUUCAAGCUUUGCUGCCCAAGGACUCUCAUUGAAAGAUUUGGUGGCACUUUCAGGUUCACACACUAUCGGCCUGGCAAGGUGCACAACAUUUCGAACACACAUCUACAAUGACUCUAACAUCGAUGCCUCAUUCGCCAAAUCCUUGCAGCGCAAGUGCCCAAAAAGUGGAAAGGAUAAUGUGCAUCAACCUCUUGAUUUCCAGACGCCAACUUCUUUUGAUAAUUUGUACUUUCACAACUUGUUGAAGAUGAAGGGUCUUCUCCGUUCCGACCAAGAGCUCUUUAAUGGCAGUUCUGCUGAUUUUCUAGUAAAAAAGUAUGCUGCAGAUACUUCUGAAUUUUUCAAGCACUUUGCCAAAUCUAUGAUCAAAAUGGGCAACAUCAAGCCUCUCACAGGAAGUUCUGGAGAGAUCAGGAGCAACUGCAGAAAAGUCAAUUGAAAAUUUCCUGAAGAAAAUGUAAUAAGGAACUGUUUCAAAUUAUGUAUCCAGAAGAACCGAAGCAACCCUUUCCAUCACAAUUGUCUGUAUCAUAUUCAGAUCUCAAAAAAAAAAAAAAAAAAGAGGCGAUGAUUUAAUAGGGUCUUUCACAUCACUGCUAUAGGAUAUUAAUAACUAAUAGAAAAGCUACCUCAUGAGAUAUUAAUUUUAUGCAGUGAAAAUUUACUUUUAAUUUCCUGAUUGCUUAAACCCUUGAAUUAUGUGAUUAUGAUUAUUAUUAUUAACACUAAACUAUAUGAGAAAGUAAACAGUGUU